AUGAAUGGCCAGUCAUCCACAACCGACGUCGGCGACCUCCCUGACCGAACCCCCGCCUCGCGCCCAUCCCAAAUGCGAACCCCAUCCCCUCCGAAGCCCGAAAGGAACACCACCAACGAACCUAAAAGCCAAACCCCAACCCGAGGCGCCGCCGCCGACCCCUUCCCGGCCGCGAUCCGCCGCCGCCUCGCCUCCGCUCCGCCCAAAUGCAUCGCUCGAGGCCUAAGGAGACCCGCGGCGCCGCAUCGACGUCGUAAACCUCGAAAUUGGAGCCCAGUCCGCCUCCUCGCCUGCAUAUCGGCAUCCGCCCCUCCCGUGUCCUUCGCGGAGGCUUAUCUCUUCGGCCUACGACGCUCAGGGACACAUGGCGAAAGAAAAUAUAGAACAAUUAAUCUCUCAAUCAUUAAUGAGAAGAAACGUCCACCUCCUCUCAGCACCCCAUACCCGCCCAUACCCGCCCCUACCCCUACCCCUGCCCCUGCCCCUGAUCCCGGCCCCACCCCAGUCCAGCGGCACAAAAACUGGCCCCUAUUCCGUUUCACAACACCAGCCCCGAGAGCGGCGACGGCGAAGGCGGCGGCGGGAGGACCGGCGUCUGGACGAGCAUCCUCGCCGUAA